AUGAUGAACAAGAAAGGCCUAAUGGACAUUGAUAUGGUCUAUAUUGCCGCCUUCAUCAUCCUCACAUUCCUGAGCUCACUCUGUCGAUCCGACAACCAGCUAACACAAACAAAGCCACUGUUGCCCAAAGACACGCUCAUCUCGGAGGGCGGAGACUUUGCCCUUGGCUUCUUUUCCCCUACCAACUCCAGCAAGAAGCUGUACAUAGGAAUCUGGUACCACCACAUUGCAGAACGCACUGUGGUAUGGGUCGCUAACCGUGACAACCCAAUCAAAACACUGUCAGCGAAGCUCGCCAUCACCGGCAACUCAGAGCUGGUGUUGUCGGAUUCCCAAGGCCACACUCUUUGGACGGCAACAGGAGACACAGGUGGAGGUGGCGCCGGAGCUUCCGCGGUGCUACUCAGCUCAGGCAACUUUGUCCUUCGGUCGCCGAACGGCACGGAGCUAUGGCAAAGCUUCGAUCACCCGACCGAUAACGUUCUUCCAACCAUGAGGGUCCUGCUAAGCUACAAGGCACAACCGGCGACACACUUAUUUGCAUGGAAGGGCCCUAACGAUCCAUCAACCGGAGAUUUCUCUCUUGGCAUGGAUCCCACCUCAAACCUUCAGCUAUUCAUUUGGAAUGGGGCGUUGCCAUACUUCCGUUUCCCUGUUGUUAAUGGCAACCCGGUAUCCGGUGGCAUGCAACAAAUCAAUGGCGUCGACGUGAUCUUGUACCAAACAACUAUCAACACGGCGGACAAGUCGUACUAUAUGUACACCGUCUCGCCUGGCUCACCAUACAUCCGCAUUUCGUUGGACUAUACAGGCAAGGGGAGGCUCCUCGCUUGGAACAGCACCACUUCGUCAUGGGCAGUCAUCGUUGAGGUUCCUAAUAGCUGUGGUCUCUACGCCUAUUGUGGUCCGUUCGGCUACUGUGACCGCACGGAGGCAAUCCCGACAUGCCGGUGUCUUGAUGGUUUUGAGCUCCUUGACAGUCUCAACUUCUCUAGAGGAUGCCAGAGAAGGGAAGCACUGGAAUGUGGAAAGGAAGACUAUUUCAUGGCCAUGCCUAAUAUGAAGCUUCCUGACAAGUUCUUGCACAUUAGGGAUAGAAGCUUCGAGCAGUGUGCAGCUGAGUGCACUAGAAACUGCUCGUGUAUGGCAUACGCCUACGCCAACCUAACCAAUGGUGAUACUAUGGGCGACACAUCGAGGUGUUUGGUUUGGGCUGGGGAUCUCAUCGACAUGGGGAAGCAAAUCUUUGAAGAGGUCUUGUACAUUCGACUUGGCAAAUCUCCUGAUCAAAACACGAUCAAUUUGCUGAACAUUUUACUCCCGAUCAUAGCAUGUGUGCUAUUACUUGCACUCGGAGCGCUUGUCUGGGCAUGGAAAAGAACAGGUACCAAGAGCCAUCGCAAACGACAAAAGAAGAGAAGGAUGCUAGAAUACUUGAAUUCUAUGGAUGAAUCUGGUGACAAGAACAUAAUAGAGUUCCCAUUUAUUAGCUUUGAAAACAUUGCAAUAGCAACAGAUAAUUUCUCUGAUUGCAAUAUGAUUGGGAGAGGCGGUUUUGGCAAAGUAUACAAGGGAAUGUUGGAAGGCACAAAGGAAGUAGCUGUCAAGAGGCUGAGCAAGGGUUCUGGGCAAGGCACCGAGGAGUUCAAAAAUGAAGUAGUCUUAAUUGCAAAGUUGCAGCACAAGAACCUAGUUAAGCUUCUCGGUUGUUGUAUUCAUGAAGAUGAGAGGCUAUUAGUUUAUGAGUACCUACCCAACAAAAGUUUGGAUUACUUUCUCUUUGGUAUAUUCAAUUCCAAUUGUUCAAAGCAUCAAUAA